AUUCACACCACCACUAGCCGCCACGCCACUCCUUUUCACCUCGCACUUCGCUUCACCUCCAUCACCGCCGCAUUCACCGCACUGGCUCCCUGUGACACAGGGCUGCCUCCCUCCACGCCACGCUGCGCCAAACCGGAGCGCGUGCACCUGACGUCGUGCUUGCUUCAGGUGAACUAGUAGUCUCUUAGUUUCUCCAGCGAGCGCGCUUUGUCGUUCAAGAACCGCCCUCGGCCUCCCGACCUGCCUCGUCUCACUGGUCGUGCAAGAACCGUCCUGCUCACUCCGUCGCUGCGCUUGCUUGCGCCGCGGCGCUCCGCGAGGCGAUCGCAAUCUUGUUUCCGAGUCGCGUCAAGCAGCUGCUCGUGACACGGCUGCGCAUCCUUCCCGCUGGCCUGAUCCGCUCGACUUCCCUCCCAGAUAAAGCAUCGACCCAGAGACAAGGGGGUAGCCACAUCAGUAGCAUCAGCAGCAGCGGCGGCGGCAGCUGUAGCAGCAGCAACAGCAGCUGUAGCGGCUGCAGAUACAUUUCGAAUCAGGGUCGGCAGCAGCAGGAGCAGAAAGGCUUUAAAAGCCAGUAUCCGGUGGAGCAGAAAGGCUAGGAUCGAGUAUUUCGGUGCAGGCAGCAUGGCCAAGUCGGCGCGCGGCAAGGAGCUGCUAGAGCUCUAUGACAAGCUGCAGAGCGCGGCGGGAAAGGCGGCGGAUUCGCCGGCCGACGAGGACCGCGCGCUGGACCUCCUCGCGCAAAUGGCGGACUGCCGCGUCAGCACGGAGAUUCUCAUGGAAACGCAGAUGGGCAAGCUGGUCCGCAAGCUGACGAAGCACGCGUGCGCGGGCAUCCAGAAGGGCGCGGGGAAGCUGGUGGAGCAGUGGAAGCAGGUCGUGGCCGCGGAGGCGCGGGGGGGCGGAGGGGGAGGCGGGGGGGAGAAGGAGCAGGAACGGGGGAGGAAAGAGGGGGAGCGGGAGGGGAAGGGAGGCGAGGGGAAGCGGUCGGGGGAGUCGGAGGACAGAGCGGACGGGGGGAAGGAGAGGGGGAAGGAGGGGCGGGGGGGCGGCGACGGGAGGGAGGACAGGGGGGGCGCGGGAAACGGGGUGAAAGACAGAGACGGGGGGAAAGGGAGGGAGUCAGGGAAGGAGGCAGGGAAGGAGAUAGGGAAGCGCAAGGACGCAGCGCCGUUCAAGGUGAAGGUACUAGUGAAGACGGGCGAUGCCAUGAGGGACCGGCCGCGGGAGGCGGUGCUCCAGGCGCUGUGCCUGGUGGCGGGGGAGGUGGACGGGGAGGAGGAGCAGCGCGCGCGCGAGGUGGACGUGGCGGCCGUGGCGGUUGAGGUGGAGACGGAGCUGUGGCGCAAGUACGGCAACACCAAGGACCUCAAGGACUACAAGAACAAGUUCCGGUCCAUCUCGUUCAACCUCAAGGACCCCUCCAACCCCGACCUGCGGCGGCGCGUGCUGCUGGGCGACGUGUCGGCUGUGGACCUGGCGGUGAUGCCCCCCGAGGAGAUGGCGAGCGACGCGCGGCGGCGCGAGAACGACGAGGUGAAGAAGAAGAAGACGUGGGAGGCUAUGCGCGGGCAGACGGUGGGCGCGACCACGGACAUGUUCAAGUGUGGGAAAUGUGGGCAGCGGAAGACCACGUACUUCCAGAUGCAGACGAGGAGUGCGGACGAGCCCAUGACCACGUAUGUCACUUGCCUGCACUGCCAAAACCGGUGGAAAUUCUGCUAGGGGGAGUCCCGGCUCUGGACUAUAGGAUGGGGUAAGUGUUGAAAGGGGAGGGGGAUGGGUUGGGGAGGAGAUACGGUGUGCGAGGGAGGGGCCAGGUGGAGAGGAGAGAGAAGUGCAAUGUGCUGCAGUGAUGCUCUGUGGGGCAGGGCACUGUCAGCUGAAGCAUUGAAGCUAGAAGACGUGCUGCUGCUGUUGGCGGGUGCUGUUGCCAUUUGAGGGAGGGUGCUGUCGCUGCUGCUUACAGACUUACACAGCAGCAGCACGGAAUGCUGCUGCUGACUCUUCUUGACUCUACCUGCCCAUCUCAUCCAUCCCAUCCCAUCCCAUCCCAUCCCAUCUUCUCGUCUUCUCUCUUCGUCUCUAACUGCGUCUAAGCAUAAUCUCUGAGCUUGCCGCUGUAGAGCGCUGCUCUCGAUCAAUCUUUGUGCUGCACACCAGGAGCCACGCAUCCGUCUUGUUCUUGGAGGGUGAUUACUUCAGCAGUUGCCAGUAGGCUAACACAGACGUACUGUAGGGCUGGUAACACGUGUGCAGGACUGAAACAGAAGUGAUUAAAGGGCGAGGCUGGGGUUCACUUGAUUGGGACGUGCUCUUUUUUAUGGCGAAGACUAGAGUGUAGUGUAGACGUUUACUGUACUGAACUCAACUGACACUCACGCUGUUGAAUCUAGGUCCUUGUGGCACAGUGUUGGGUCUCUGAGGGUGUGGAAGGGUCUGGCUUACGGUAGUAGGGCCUGUGAUGAUGCAGUGCAGAAAGGGAGGGUGUUGGAAACACCUCAAAGACUUAGCGAUUCUGAAGUGUAACACUACACUCGAAGAAAAGUCGUAUCGAGUACACGAGUCAACGGAGGUUACACGAGGAGGUUGGACGAAAGAACACGAAGGACGAAGGGACAUGAAGGGUUGCAACCGGAGGUUGCAACUGACCGUUGCGACUGCAAGGGUGGUAAACCGAACCA